CAACAAUGGUGUGGUCCGUGACUAGGCCGAUGCAGUAGGGAGUUGUUUGGCGGCCCCUUAAGUUUUUCUUUACUUUCAGGCGUCAUUUUGUGUUUAAUCACGCGAGCGAUUAUUCUUCAUUUUUACGACUCAGUUCACCUCGCUUUUCACUCGUUAAACUCCAUCCGGCUUUAAAGAUACCGUUUUCGGGGCGUGGUAGACAACUAACAACACGCGCACACCAAAAAGGAAGGGAAAAAAAGAGCCGGAGACGGAAGGGGAGCUUCAAAAAUUCUGGCUGACCGCGGCUGAGCUUAUGAUGCCGACGUUGCGGGACAGCACCAUGUCCCAUCCCGGCGAGAAUUCCCAACAAGUCCGGGUGAAGGCCUAUUACAAAGGGGACAUCAUGAUAACCCACUUUGAGCCGUCCAUCUCGUAUGAGGGCCUCUACGGCGAAGUAAGAGACAUGUGCUCCAUGGACAACGACCAGCUCUUCACCAUGAAGUGGAUCGACGAGGAAGGUGACCCGUGCACUGUAUCUUCUCAGCUGGAGCUUGAAGAAGCGCUGCGCCUCUACGAGCUCAACAAGGACUCUGAGCUCAUUAUUCACGUGUUCCCAUGUAUACCAGAGAAGCCUGGCAUGCCGUGUUCUGGUGAAGACAAGUCCAUAUAUCGGCGAGGAGCGCGGCGCUGGAGGAAGCUCUAUUUCGCCAGCGGCCAUGCCUUUCAGGCCAAACGUUUUAACAGGAGAGCGCAUUGUGCCAUCUGUACGGACCGCAUCUGGGGUCUGGGCCGACAGGGCUACAAGUGCAUCAACUGCAAGCUGCUGGUGCACAAAAAGUGCCACAAGCUGGUUACUGUGGAAUGUGGCCGGCCCAUGAUCCAGGAGCCGAUUAUGCCUGGUCAGCCACCUGAUCAGUUGGACCCAUCGGAACAGCCAGGCCCUCAGAAUAAAGACUCCAGAGAAAGCUUGACUUAUGACGGAGAGGAGAAAGAGGCACGGAACAGUCGAGACACGGGGAAGUCGCCCUCCAGCCUCGGCCUGGCCGACUUCGACCUGCUGCGCGUGAUCGGACGAGGCAGCUACGCCAAAGUGCUUCUAGUGCAGCUGAAGAAGACGGAGCGCAUCUACGCCAUGAAGGUGGUCAAGAAGGAACUGGUCAAUGAUGACGAGGACAUCGAUUGGGUCCAGACAGAAAAGCACGUUUUUGAGCAAGCGUCCAAUCAUCCUUUCCUGGUGGGCCUGCAUUCCUGCUUCCAGACAGAAAGCAGACUCUUCUUUGUUAUUGAAUAUGUGAAUGGUGGCGACCUCAUGUUCCACAUGCAGAGACAACGGAAGCUUCCAGAAGAGCACGCCAGAUUCUAUUCUGCAGAGAUCAGUCUGGCGCUCAACUACCUCCACGAGCGCGGCAUCAUCUACAGAGAUCUCAAACUGGACAAUGUGUUGCUCGACUCUGAGGGACACAUCAAACUCACAGAUUACGGCAUGUGUAAGGAGGGCUUGAGACCCGGCGAUACGACGAGCACUUUCUGCGGCACCCCUAACUACAUCGCUCCGGAAAUACUCCGAGGAGAAGAUUACGGCUUCAGCGUGGACUGGUGGGCGCUGGGCGUGCUGAUGUUUGAGAUGAUGGCAGGCCGAUCGCCCUUCGACAUCGUGGGAAGCUCCGACAAUCCCGACCAGAACACCGAAGACUACCUCUUUCAAGUUAUAUUGGAAAAACAGAUCAGAAUCCCCCGCUCGUUGUCUGUCAAAGCUGCCAGUGUCCUUAAGGGAUUCCUCAACAAGGAUCCCAAAGAGCGUCUGGGCUGCCACCCUCAGACGGGCUUUGCCGACAUCAUGGGCCAUCCCUUCUUCAGAAAUGUCGAUUGGGACCUUCUGGAGCAAAAGCAGGUGGUCCCUCCCUUCAAGCCCAACAUCUCGGGUGAAUUCGGCCUGGACAACUUUGACGCCCAGUUCACCAACGAGCCCAUCCAGCUGACGCCCGACGACGACGACGUGGUGAAGAAGAUCGAUCAGUCCGAGUUCGAGGGCUUCGAGUACAUCAACCCGCUGCUCAUGUCGGCAGAGGAGUGUGUGUGAAGGGAGACAAACACGCGCUCACAUACACACGUGCCAUCUCGGUGUCUUCAUGCUACGCGGUUACGAGGCGACCCAGCGACGUCAUCAUUCAUCGUUUUCCUUGUUGCCAAAAGCAGUUUCACACUCUGCCAGUUCUAACCACUCGCCCUUAAGUCUUUAUGAAUUAUUUUUAUAUGCUCUCUAUACAAACCUACAAAUGUAUAAAUAUGAAACUGCACUGAUACUUUAGUGUCAUUGGGGGCCUCUUUAUCAAGUUCUUCCAAGGUUACUUACUGUACACACACUCAUUUUAUUUGUAUAUAUGAAACUGCUGUUGAUUAACGUUAGCCACUUUUUACAAUCGAAGCUCAUUCGUUGACAUCAUGCCUCUUUCUCAAAACACAAAAUAUGAAUGUCUCUAUUUUUUUAAUUUAACUACAGCCGCUAUGUGUGUUGUCCGUGUGCACAGGACACCCCCCGCCCCCCGCCCAAAAAAAAAGAAGAAAUUCUGGUUUGUAUCUAUCUAAAAAUGGCCAUGUCUUUUCAACGAGCAGCCGUCUGGGUACGCCUGCGACAAAAUAAACACCCAACUUUUCCAAACCAAAAUGGCACCUACCACCAAAAACGGCCUCUCGGAGACAUAUCGAACUUUACCGCAGUAUUAUGGAUAUCUGUCAGGAAAACAAAUAAAUACGUAGCCAGUGUAAUAUCACUGACUCUAAAGCUGUUGCUAACCAAAACAGCAGCACUGCCCGAGGCACUUAAACAGGCGCUUAUGAAUUCAAGUGUUGCGUCAGUCAAUGUUUACAUUGCCUCGGUUCUCUAGAUUUUCUUAAAGAUGCUUUUUAAACCCCAUUUUCACUUACUAUAAUAUCUACUUGGAUAUGAAAUAAGACCACUAUUUUUGGAAAUGUGCAAAUAUCCCAUCAUGCACCCCCCCCCCCACACCCCCCUUUAUUUCGCCACUCCACGUAAAAAUCAGCGGGUUGAAGCACAGUUGAUUGUGGCUUUACAACUGUUGUCUUCUUCAAAAAUAAAUAAACACACACACACAUCUGUAGAUUAUUUUCUGAACUAUACCACUAACUUAAAACACUAAGAGACAGAUCGCAAACCUCUGAGAAACACAUGCUGUCUGUUACCUUUGUUAUUAUUAUUUUUUAUUGUCAUUACUUUUUAUUAUUUGUAAUCACCCAAUUAAUUAUGAAAUGUUACUGGGUGUGUUUUGGAAGGCACCUGCAGGACUCUGCUGACAUUUUAUUAUUAAUGUGAAAAAGGAAAAUAAAACGGUCAAAUAAACAUUUUAUUUCUC